GACCAAUGAUUACAGUAUAUAUAUAUAUAUAUGUGUUAGGUUAUAGGCAUUAAAAAUUUUUUUAAUUUGAACUUGAGUGUGUAUUACCUUCGCAUUCGGAUAAAGAAAGUAUUUUCAUUCUCAUGAAUGAACAAAUUAGAAUAGAUUGAAUAAACUGUAUAGAUUUAUGCGGUAGAGACAUGGCCGAAUUGUUGCUAGAUCCAAAUAUACGAGGCUGGGUAUUUUUGCCCAUAGUAGUGAUUACAUUUCUAGUCGGCAUAAUCCGUCACUAUGUUUCAAUAUUGCUUGCAUCGCAAAAAAAAGUCGAACUUCAUCAAGUGCAAGAUAGUCAAGUAAUGAUACGCUCUAGACUGCUCCGAGAAAACGGACAGUAUUUACCAAAAGUAGGUUUCAUGACUAGGAGACAUUUCUUCAAUAACGAGGAGACUGGAUAUUUUAAGACUCAGAAGCGUCCUCCUGUUUCCCAAAAUCCUAUGACUGAUCCAAAUAUGAUGACUGAGAUGCUUAAGGGAAAUGUGACCAAUGUUUUGCCUAUGGUAUUGAUUGGUGGUUGGAUUAACUGGAUGUUUUCUGGAUUUGUAACAACUAAAGUGCCAUUUCCAUUAACGCUACGAUUCAAGCCAAUGUUACAACGGGGUAUAGAAUUAGUUACGCUGGACGCUGCAUGGGUUUCUUCAGCUUCGUGGUAUUUUCUCAAUGUAUUUGGAUUAAGAUCCAUUUAUACACUUGUACUUGGCGAGAAUAAUGCUGCGGACACCACAAGACUAGUGCAAGAUCAAGUAUCGGGAGCUGCAAUGUCUAUGCCGCCUGAUCCAAAAGCAGCCUUUAAGUCUGAAUGGGAAGCAUUGGAGAUCUGUGAACAUAAUUGGGCGCUGCAGGGAAUAGACGUUGAACUCAUGGGUAUCCAAUCGAAAGUGGACAUGGCUGAUAGUAUAUAUCAUUAAAGCAAAGCAAAUUAAUGUUUAGUAAUUACAAUUACCGUAUAAAUUCUAAAUAAUUUAAUUUAUUAAUAAGUUAAAUAGUAAUUUGCAGCGUGUGUCUGUUUUAAUUAUAAUGGAAGAAUUUUUGGCU